AUGCUGGAAUCGAACCCAGGGCCUUAUGUAUACAAGGAGCUGAUUGACCUUAAGAUGCUUCAGUGCAAGAGAGUUGUCAAUGAGGUACUCAACACAGUGGAUUUUGUUGCCCCUGAUGACCGAGUAGUCUUCCGUACAUGUGAAAGAGAACAGAGCAAGGUGGUAUUCCAGAUGGGAGGAAUGGGAGCUGCUCUGCUGUCCGACCCUGACAAGAUUGAGAAGAUCCUUAGCACACUUGUUAAAGGGACUUGUAGACCUGUGACCUGCAAGAUCCGAAUACUACCUUCGCUGGAAGAUACCCUGAGCCUUGUAAAGCGAAUAGAGAGGACGGGCAUUGCUGCUAUUGCAGUUCAUGGAAGGAAGCGGGAAGAGCGACCUCAGCACCCUGUCAGAUGUGAAGUCAUCAAAGCCAUUGCUGGUACCCUCUCCAUUCCUGUCAUAGCCAAUGGUGGAUCUCAUGACCACAUCCAAAAGCAUUUGGACAUAGAGGACUUUCGACGAGCCACAGCGGCCUCUUCAGUGAUGGUGGCCCGAUCAGCCAUGUGGAACCCCUCUAUCUUCCUCAAGGAUGGUCCUCGGCCCCUGGAAGAGGUCAUGCAGAAGUAUAUCAGAUAUGCAGUGCAGUAUGACAACCACUACACCAACACCAAGUACUGCUUGUGCCAGAUGCUGCGGGAACAGUUGGAGUCGCCCCAGGGAAGGUUGCUCCAUGCCGCCCAGUCUUCCCAGGAAAUUUGGAGAGCUUACCCACCCCAAAUCACUCCCAAGAUGUGCCUGCUGGAGUGGUGCCGCAGAGAGAAGUUAGCACAGCCUUUGUAUGAAACGGUCCAACGACCACUAGAUCGCCUGUUCUGCUCAGUUGUCACUGUUGCUGACAAAAAGUACCAGUCCACCUUGUGGGAUAAGUCCAAGAAACUGGCGGAGCAAACUGCAGCCAUCGUUUGUCUGCGGAGCCUGGGCCUCCCUGAGGGUCGACUGGGUGAAGAGAGUCCUUCCUUGAACAAACGCAAGCGGGAGGACCCUGACCAAGACCUCAGUGACCCCAGGGCUCAGGAGCCAGCACUGCCUGGGGAUCUAUGUAAGAAGUCCUUUGUGGCCUUUGGAAAUGGUGAAGACAACCCCCUGGAAGGCUGGUGACUACUGUACUUGCCCUGGUUGCCCUUUCUACGGACCAAGCCCUAAUAUGACUGUGAGUGCAGAGCGCAAACCAAAUGCCAUAGGACAAUUUGCUCCUGCCUUGCAGGAGUUAGAGGUCCAUGUCCAAGCACAGGCUAUCAUCAUGGAGCACCAGCCAAGGAGUGCUCAGGAAUGAUCCUUUCUCCUCUGAUGGGUCUGAGUGGCAGGAUUGUUUCUAGUGACCUGAGUACUUUCUUUGAAAAAUAAGCUUUUCAGGCGGCCCCUCUUCAACUUGACAUUGGUACAGUGCAAUAAAGACACCCUCA